AUGAUCCCCGACACCUUCACUCGCCAUCGCAGACCAGGGCGGUGGUGCCCUUCCCAGCUGCCCCAGAGGCCCACCACCUGCGCUUCAGUGGGCGUGCAUGGCCUGAGCGGGGCGGCCGAGGACCUGGCAGCUGCGGCCACGUCUCGCGCGGUGGCGCAGGACAACGGCCUGUUGGAGCCCCUGGUGCAGGGCCUGGAGUACCUGUUGCAGACCUUCCAGUCUGGGCUGGAGGCCGCGCACGUCCCCCACUCCUUCGGCUGGUCCAUUGUCGCCCUGACCGCCGUCGUCAAGCUGUGCACCUUUCCCCUGACCAAGAAGCAGGUCGAGGCCUCGCUGUCCAUGCAGCGCCUGAAGCCGGCCAUGGACGCCAUCAAGGCCAAGUACAAGGAGGACAAGAAGGCGCAGCAGCGUGAGACCCAGGCCCUGUAUAAGAAGGCGGAGAUCAACCCGCUGGCGGGGUGCUUCCCCUCCUUGGCCACCAUCCCGGUUUUCAUCGGGCUGUACCGCUCGCUGACGGGGGUGGCCUCGCUGGGCCUGCUGGACAACCAGGGUUUCUACUGGGUGCCCUCCCUGGCGGGGCCCACCUCCGUUGCGGCGCAGAGGGCAGGCACGGGGAUCAGCUGGCUCUACCCCUUUGUGGAUGGGCACCCGCCCAUCGGCUGGGAUGAGGCCUCACGAUACCUAGUCAUCCCUGUGCUCAUGGUCAUCGCACAGUACAUCUCCACUGCCAUCAUCUCUCCGCCGGUGGACCCGAACAACGAGAACGCGCGCACCCAGCAGAUCAUCAUCGGGUGA